GGUAGGGGCAAGGCAGGGGGAGCGGGUGGGCAGGUGGAGGGAGGUUUGCAAGCAGGGGCGGGUUCCCAAGUGGGAGAGGGUUCAGAGGUGAGCGUAGGGGCAGGUGAAGCUGCGGAUGCGGGUGCUGCUGCUGCUGCACUGGGCACUGGCACUGGAGGAAUCGGUUUGCAACAGCAGAGGCAGCCGCAGCAGCUGCAGCCGCAGGUGCAGCAGCAACAGUCGCAGGCACAGCAGGUGCAGCAGCAACAGCAACCGCAGCCGCAGCCGCAGCCGCAGCAGCAGCAGCAGCAGCAGUCACUGCAGCAGCACCCAUCCCAGUUGCCCCCGCUCCUGCCGUUGGUGGCUGCAACCACCUUGGCUGCUGCUGCUGGGGUGGUAGGAGCAGGGGCGGUGGGAGUAGGAGCGGUGGCUUCAGGGGGAGUGGGAGUAGGGGCAGCGCGGGUGGUACAGGAUGGGCUGCUGGUGGCACCAGACGUGGUUAGAAGCGGGAGUGGUGGACCUGCCAAUUCUAAUGUUGGACCCAUGAGCGCGUGUGCUAGGCCUUCUGCCCCAACACACAGCAGCAUGCCUGGCUUUCCCGGUUCUGUUUUGCCUGCUGCUUCCCUGGCUGGUUCUCACGAGGAGGUAACAGGCAGGCACGCCCUCCAAGGGGUGACUCCCCAGAGGGUAGUUCCCUUUCAAGGGGUAACUCCCCCUCCCCAUCAAGGGGUAAUUGCCCCUCAAGGGAUGGUUCACCCUCCAGGCCCUACUGGUAUGGGUGGAGGUAUGGGUGGAGGUAUGGGAGGAGGAGAGAGGGUGGAGGAGGUGGAUGUUGAAGUGGCUGUCGGACCUAGGUCUGCUGCUAGAGAGAGGAGGCGACAGCAGCAGCAGCAGCAGCAGCAACAGCAACAGCAACAGCAGCAGCAGCAACAGCAACAGCAACAGCAGCAACAACAGCAGCGGCAACAGCAGCAGCAACAGCGGCAGCAGCAGCAGCAGCAGGUGCAGAUGCGGCAUGGUUCGCCACAGUUGAAAGAGUAUGCACCAUUAGGGUUAGCACAACAACAGGUGCCAGCACAAGCACAGGCACAGCCGCAGGGGCAGGGGCAGGGGCAGGCACAUUUGUUGCUCUCUCAGGCGAAGGGCAGCAAGCAGCAGCAGCAGCAGCCGCAGCAGGGACAGACCAGUGUCGCUACCCCUGUGUCGGUUUCAGCACCCCAAGAAACUGGUGUAGAAAGUGACAGAAGUAUCACCAACAGCAGUGCCAGCAGCAGCAGCAGCGGUGGCACCAGCAGCAGUGUCAGCAGUGGCAGCAGGCCCCUUGGGCUCUCUGGAAUUACCUUUGGGUCUUUCACCAAUGCUCCCGUUUCCGGAGGAGCAGCAGCAGGUGCUAUUUCCGGCCUUGCUCCCCCCACCCUCCCUCCUCCCUCUCUCAACCCCCUCCGUCCACCACCCUCACCAAGCCUGCCUCCUCUGCUGCGGCCGAUCCUACCACGGCAGCUGGUAGCGCUGCCAGUGCUACCAGUGCUGCUAGUGCUGCUAGUGCUGCCAGCGGUGCCAACGAUGCUAAUGUGCAUGGGUCCACAGGACAGGCUGAUUCCUGCAUCCCGCAACGCCUGCUACCCACCACCACUGCGUCCGGCCCUCUUCCCAGUCCUCCUGCUCCUGCUCUUGCGGCGUCCGGCAAUGCUCCUGGCAGCAUUAACGGCCGAGCCACCCCUGCCCAAAACCCUAGCCGCUUCCCAGGCCCUGCCCGAGCCUCCACUAGUGCUGCAGCUGCUGCAGCUGGUGCUGCUGGUGCUUCUCCAGGGGUGUUUGCUCCCCCUGGUGAACCGGACAAGGUGGGAGGUCACAGUCGGCCGGUGGGGCAGAAUGAGAUGAGCGGCGCGGGUCAGUUCAGCUUUGGACUUGACGCGGAUGCUUACGGGGCAUUGAUGCCGCUGGGAGCAGUGCCUCUUGUGCCAGUGCGCAUGCCAUACCCCAUGCCGGUUCCUGUCCCCAUGCCCAUGCACAUGGGUGCUCCUCCCUUCCCACCAUCCUCCAUGCCCCUUCUCGGUGCUCCGGCGGGCCCAGGCUCGGCAGCAGCUCUGGCCGCCGGACCUGCUGGUUUGGCAAGCCUGGUGCCAGGGCCGCCGGGCUACAUGGGAGCGCAAGGAGGGUACGGCAUUGUUCGUCCAGUGGCCGUUCCUGCUUCUGGAGCGAUCCCUGGUGCGGUUGCUGGUGGUGCUGCUGCUGCCGCUGCCACUGGUUCUCAGCCGUCGCAUGCUUCUCCUCCUCUCUACGCCCCUCCAGGCGUCCCUCCCUCGUUCCCAGGGGCGCCGUUGGUAGCGGCAACGCAAGGGCAGAUGGUAGGGUCUGCGCCAGGGCAGAUGGAAACUGCAGCA